AUGCGAGUGAAGGUUGAACCCGGGUGCGAGGCGAACAGUAACUCGCUGCCGAGCUCUCCGGUGAGCACCGCCAGCCCGACGAGCCAGAGUGAGAUCGUUCCCGGCAUGGGCGCCCAUCCCGUCGGCCUGACUCGGCCGACCGCCACGUGGCCGCCGCCGCCGUCGGGGUCAUCGUCACCGCCGUGCGACCUGUCGCGACUCCCGUUCGCGCCGACGUCGAAACCCAGCGCCGGCGUCCCGUUCUUCAUGAACCCGCACUCGUAUGCUCCGCUACUGCAACAACUGCAAUCGCAACGCGGGCCAACAGCGGCGCCCGGCAUGAACUUUUUCGUCCCGACGUCCGUGAGUGAUCCGAAUCCGUCGGCGUCGCAGCAGUCGUAUUACGGGAUGUGGCGAUCGUCGCCGACCUUGGCGGCCAUGGGGAUCCUGAAUCCGUUGGUGAUGCCUUUCGGGUUGUUGCCGCAGCACAUGCCCAACUCCCUGCUGCCGCCGCAUUUGCAUCAUUUGCCGUCGGGCUUUCAUCCGCCCGAGGAGCCGAAACCGCCGCACAGUUACAUAGGCCUCAUCGCGAUGGCCAUUCUCAGCUCGCCAGACAAGAAGUUGGUCCUCAGCGAUAUAUAUCAAUGGAUUCUUGAUCACUACGCAUACUUCAGAACACGGGGUCCAGGCUGGAGAAACUCAAUUCGGCAUAAUCUGUCACUGAACGAUUGCUUCAUGAAAGCCGGUCGAAGUGCAAACGGAAAGGGACAUUACUGGGCCAUUCACCCAGCGAACAUAUCCGAUUUUCAGCGCGGCGACUUCCGACGAAGGAAAGCCCAGCGGAAAGUGCGGCGGCACAUGGGCUUGGAGCCUCCAGGCCCGGACGAUGAGGACGACGACGACGCGGGAUUGGCUCCGGCCGAGUCCCCGUUCCUCCGCCAUCAUCCGCACAUGAGCCCGUCAGCAGCCGUGGCGGCCGCAGCUGCCGCCGCCGCGGCCUACGGCGUCAGCAGCAUGCGCAUCAAACGCACUUUCGACAUGGCAUCCCUCCUCGCACCCGACGACCACAACGGCGUGUCCGGGCUGGACACGGCCGCCACCAGGGAACCCGCGUCGGAUGAGCCACUCGCAAAGAAAGAGCGGAUCGACGACGAGCCGGAAGAUAACCCGCGCAUCAAAAACGAAGAUGAGGAAGACGACGAGGAAAUCGACGUGUUGUCUGGCGGUGACGCGGACACGACAGCGAGUGAGGAGAAGGACGAUGGGGAUAAGUCUUCCGCGGACUUGUCGCCGUCGACGAAUGACAAACCCGCCUUGCGACAGAACUUCAACUUGGCCGCCUUCUACGCGGAUUACGCUCGGGCGCGGUUGGCAGCGGCGGCUUCGCUCGGUCCCGUGGCGCCCGACGACGUCAACCUCAAGGCACCGCUGUGGUUCAACCCACAAGGCCUGUACUCAUACCCCGCGACUUCGACGCCGGGUCAUCUGAGCCAGGCGUGGAGACCUCCAGCCCGGUCGCCGUACCUCGACGCGGGCGACGAAACGGUGAAGGACAAAAAGUGA